AUGCUGAUAACAUCGUCCAUAUUCUUAGAUUUUAUAAUACUGUUGGUAACGGGGCUUUAUAUUUUACACAUCUAUAUAUCUAGAAAGCACAAAUACUGGAAAAAACGUGGGGUUUAUUUUUCAAAACCGAAACCAUUUGUUGGAAAUUUUUUAGACAUAGUUCUAUUGAAAAAAUCUUUAGGAGACUGGUUAAAAGAUUUAUAUGAUCAGAUUGAUAAAGACUUUUUUGGUAUCUAUGUUUUUGAUGAUCCUUUUCUCGUUGUGAAAGAUCCAAAAUUAAUUAAAAACAUUUUAAUCAAAAAUUUUAAUAGUUUUGUGGAUAGGACUGUCUCGCCUCUCGACCAUUCACCGUUUACUGCUCACAUGCUUCUGUUUCAAAAAAAUCCAGGAUGGAAAUUAGGACGAUCUAAACUAUCUGCAGCUUUCAGUUCUGGAAAAAUGAAGUCUAUGUUUCCCCUUUUACUGGAAUCAGCAGACGAUUUGGUACAUUUUUUGCAAAAAAAUCAAAUUUCACUAGAGACUAGAGAACUAUUUGCUAAGUAUACAACAGAUGUGAUUUCAAAAUGUGCUUUUGGUAUUCAUUCCCACAGUUUCGAAAGUAGUGACUCUAUGUUUACAAUCCAAAGACGAAAGAUAUUCGAGUUUUCAUUAAGAAAUGCAUUUACUCAAACCAUGUAUUUCUUGAAACCUAAUUGGGUGACUAGAUUUAAAAUGGAAUUUAUAGAAAAAAAAAUUAUGGAAUACUUCACACGAGUGUUUAUGGAGUCUCUUAGAGCACGCACUACGAAGAACAAAACAUACAGCGAUCUUAUUGAUAUUAUGAAUGAAUUAAAAGAGACAGAGAAAAUGAAAGAUGAUGAGAAUGAUGAAGUGAUGUUUUGCGGUGCAGCAUUAAAUUUUUUCAUUGCUGGCUUCGAACCUGCAAGCACCACAAUAUCUUAUACACUUUAUGAGUUUGCAGUUAAUCCUCAUAUACAACAAACUGCAAGAGAAGAGGUAGCGGCUGUCAUUAAAAAACACGGCGGGAUUACUUUUGAUGCUCUUCGCGACAUGCCUUAUUUUGACAUGUGUAUAAAUGAAACUUUACGAAAGUAUCCAGCGCUACCAUUUCUUCAAAGAAAUUGCAAUGAAGACUUUCCUGUUCCUGAUAGUGAUUUUGUGAUUGAAAAGGGCACACCAAUUCUAAUACCACUCACGGGACUUCAAUUAGAUGAAAAGUUAUUUCCAGAACCAUACAAAUAUGAUCCUGAAAGGUUUAAAAAUAAGACCGAUAGUGGUAAUGGCUUAUACUUUCUACCUUUUGGAGAUGGACAAAGAGCUUGUUUAGGUGAGAGAUUUGGAAGAAUAAUGAGUAAACUAGCAUUGGCAAGCAUUCUUACCAAUUUUGAAGUAACCAAAUGUUCAGAUACUCCUGUUUCUAUUAUUUUUGAGCCGAUGAGUUUAUUACUACUGUCCAAUGUUGGAGUUCCUCUUCAAUUCAAGAAGCUCCAGUGA